AGCCAUGUUGGAAGGCGUCUGCAACAUUUCCUGCUUUCACAAAUGACAAAUUCGUCAGCAUGUGGGAUCAUUAGUGACAAAAGUAUUUCUUAUUUAAAUUUCCAAGCAUAUAGAUAAAUAAAAUAUAUAUAUUUAACGACAUACUUCUCUGUGGUGAAAAUAACCCGGUGUUGUGGGUCUUCCUUUGGGCCAGCCUGAGAUGAGAGUCCUAGUGUUGGUGCUGGUGGUCGCCGCUGCUGUGAGUGUGAGCGGCCGCGCGCAGGACUAUGAGGAUAAUGACUUUGCUGAAUUUGAGGUGUUUGAUGAAGAGGAGGAAGUGAUGGAGGAGGAUGAUGACCAGGGGAGUGAAGAGCCCAGUCCUCGAGGUGGUGGUGUAGCAGGUGGUGGUGGAGGGGGAGGGGGAGGGGGAGGGGGAGGAGGAGGUGGUGGUGUAGGAGGAGGAGGGAGAUCAAGUAUGGAAGGCCAAGCAGGAGCAGCAGAGGCAGAAGUAGAAGAGGAUGAAGAAGCUGUUGUAGAGGACGAAGAUGAGAAUGAUGAGUUUAGUCACUUCCAUGAUGAAGAGGAGUUCAUUGGGUUUGAUAGUGAGCGGCCACAGGGAGCACGCAUGCCUAAGACACAGGAGGAGCCAAAGAUCACCAUUGCUAAUGUUCCUCUUCACCUGCGCAGCAACUGGGACAGCUUCUAUCUUGAGAUGCUGAUGAUUGCCGGUCUCGUGGUCUAUUUCAUCAACUUCAUCGUUGGCAAGUCCAAGAACCAAAAGUUGGCCAAUGCUUGGUUCACUUCACACAAGAACCUCCUGGAGCAGAACUUUGCCCUUGUUGGGGAUGAUGGGAAACAAGUGCCAGAGAGUGGAGGUCUGCAGAAGGAAUCAGAGAAUGUGUACACUCUGUGGUGCUCCGGUCGCACUAACAUGGAGGGCAUGCUGGUGGAACUCAAGUUUAUCAAGAGGCAAGACAUGAUAGGAGUGGUGUCCCAGCUCAUCCGUCCCUCUAGUGACCAGCUGCUGGUCAAAGUUCACCUGGAUGAAAUGGAUUCCUUUGUGUUUGCCCUGGCCACCAAGAAGACAGCUGCCAGACUUUCAAAAGAGAUGACUGACAUUAGUACCUUCUGUCCAGAGAAGAAGUCUGCGGACAAGUUUGGGUUUGGCUCCCAGUAUGUGUUGAUGAAUGAGCUUGGAGAGGUGGCAUCCACAGUGCUGGGAGACCCCAAGGUGACAGCUGUGCUCAAUAAGUUCUCGGGAAUGGUUGAUUUCUUGCACUUCUCUGAUCAAUAUUCAGGACCGAAGCAGCCAGAAGGAACGGAAGGAAGAGAUACACAACCAACCAAGUUGCCUGAGGUGCGCCGUGCUCUUGUUUUUGGCUUCAAUUUCCCCGGGCGUGGCAACCCUUCCCUGGAGGCCAUAGAGAGCAUGCGGCCACUACUGCAAUUAGUAUUCCAUGUCACAGAUAAGCUGCGCCGCUUUAAGCUGAGCAAAGAGGGUAAGGCCAAGGCAGAGAAGAAUCGGUCACGAGUGGAGGAGGCAUUCUUGAAGGCAACUCAUGCAGCCCGUGCCGAGAUGGCACAGGCCAAGCGGGAAGAACGGCGCAUGGAACGUGAGAAGAUGCUGGAGAUUGAUGACCCAGACAAGCAGAGGAAGUGGGAAGAACGUGAGCAGCGGCGGCAGAUGAAGAGGCGUGCACCCAAGAUGAAGCAACUCAAGACUUCAUAGGAUGUUGGAAUUGGUGAUGGUAAAGAAGCAAAGCACUCGUUUAAGAGAUGCUCUGAUGGCGUUUCAUCACUAUUUAUUCCUAGUGUAUAGCUGUUGAAGAUGUCAAUCCAAAUUUGAGGUCUUAUUUGUAUCUUGUGAAGUAAAUGUGAGGUCAGUUUUAUCAUAUGUAUUAUCUUCUGCUGCUGUAUUCUUCAACUGUUUAGCUUAUUGUUUUGUCAUGUGUAAAACAGAAGUGAUUGUGUUCAAGAGAGAGAGAGAGAGAGAGAGAGAGAGAGAGAGAGAGAGAGAGAGAGAGAGAGAGAGAGAGAGAGAGAAAAUUCUGCAAUCACUAAAAAUAUGUAGAGUAAUUAAUUAAGAUUUGAAAUGUUAUUUAACUGAGUUGUAAUUUCUUUGCAAAACUGCAGUAUGAAUGAAAAGAUUAAUUCUUGUGCCCAUUUCAGUUAGUGAUGGGUAGUGGUUGCAUGUUUAUCAGGGCCAGAAUCCUAGAAAUUAAUGAAAAUAUUACAUGUAUAGCUCCUCUUUAAUCAAUUUUAGUUUUGGGACUUGUUAAAAAAAACAAGUUGUCACUUGACAAAAGUAUCUUUACCCUUUGUGGUAUUCUGAACAUUGUAUACUUAACAACACUAGAUAAAAAUCCAAACAAACAUGUGAUAUUGGAAUGCAAGUGAGAUGAUAUAAAACCAUCUGCCCCACAAAAGAAAAAAAAUAUAUGAAAAGUUCACCAUGUAAUUGGGUGUGGGACUUAUCAGUACACCUAUUAGGAGUAACAUUUGUACAUACAUGUGUCAAUAUAUGACUAGAAUUUGCAUAUGUGUGGAAAUUACAAAAAGAAGAAAGGUAGGCAUGUAAAAAUUGGUAACAUGGCAUUAGAAGAGCCACACACAUAUUGCAUCCAGGAUGACCAGGGGUAAAGACACUUUCUGCCAAGUGUACUUCCUGCCAUUAAGUACAUGUGGUAGGGAUUAUAUCUGCACUCUUGAGCUGAUUUGUAUGUAGCUCAGUAGACUAAGGAUCAGUCUAUAGUCACAUAAUUGUCAGUCAAUGUUGUCUUCAGUGAGAUAUGGUGUAAAUACCAGCCUGUAUAUACAGUCUACAUGAAGCGAUCAGCCCAUGAGUGCACAGGUGCCUACUCUCACUGCACAUGUGCCGCUGGUCUCUCUGAGUGCCAUGGGGAGGUAUUGUGCAGUGGCACAAACCUCAGUGUGAGAUGUCACCUGUUAAUAAAGUUGUUUUCAUCCGUCACAAUGAAGCGUUAGGGCCUGCCAGUAUUACGUGCACAUGUGAACACAAUCUGUUAGUGUGGUAAUGGCCUCUCAUUAUGAGUUGCUCUCCCUGUGAUACAUGUAGGAAUAACCCUAUCUGUAUGUUGAAGUUAAAUGUGGUUGCAUUUUCUAUGCUAGUGUCACAGUAGGAGUUAGGGAAGCAUUGUAGUAAUGAGUUUUUAUAUGAAUUCAAUAUGUGGACUUUAGUCAUGAUUACAUUUUAAGGAACAUUUAUCUUCAUGAAAAUUUGCAAAUAAUUGUAUAUACUUUACAUUAAAGCAUAGCACCAACAUUACUAUUCUCUUGAAGCAAUAUCACAAUUCCAUCAACUCUUGAAUUGUUUACUAAAGGACUUGGAUCUAUUUUAUUGUGUUUGUGAAUGCAAUUUGUUAGGGCCCUGUUACUCCUCAGUGUCUGUGGACCAAGUGACCAAGAUUGAACAGUUUUGAUCCAUGUGAGGGUUUACCUGGGUAACUCUCUCUGCAGCUGUAGACUUUGAGUCACACAGCCCUAAGAAUAUCUAGCAUCUACCUUGCUUAUGUAAUUUUUUUUUUUCCCCUUGGGGAAAAAAAUCUGCCCUUGGAGAUUUUUAAGAAUGAAGUACAUACACAAGAA